AUGGAUUUUUAGGUUAUCAUAGAAAAUUAUCAAGAAAAUGAAAAUUCUCCAGGUUCAUAUGAGAAAAAAUUUAAAUCAAAUACACCUAUUAAGGAUGUAUUACAAGGAUUUGGAUUUGAUUCUGCAUAUGUUGUUAAUGUUAAGUAGGAAAUUAUUAAACCUUAAACUACAUUAAACGAAAUAAAAACUCAAUAUGAUUGUGACACUUAAGAGUAAAAAUUAGUCUUAUAAUUAAUCUCCAAGGAUAAUAGUCAUGAUACUUAUACAAAAAUGAAAUACUAUUUUAAUAACCCUGAUACAAGCAAUAUGAUAAAAUGGGUUAUUGAAAAAUAAGAUACAACUCUAUAUUCACAUUUACUAAACUUAAAACCUAAACAAAUUAUUCAUAAAAAUAAAUCUAUUAAUCCUUAAUUAAGUCUUAAAAACAUAAAAUAAAAUACUGAUGAUGAGGUCGAACUUAGUAUCUUAGAUAAGGAGUUAGAUUAGAAUGAAAUCUUAGUUAUAAUUUAUUCAAAUCAAUUUUCAUAGAUAGUAGGUUCUUAUGACCUAGUAUAAAAUCAGCAAUAAAAUAAUGGAGAAGCUGCUUUAUUGAGUACAAUAAAUUAGGGAUUAGAAAUUUAAGAAUAAAUAUUAUAUUAUGAGAUUGAGAAAAAGUCAGUUACUAUAGAAAGCAUUCUCUAGAAAUUAACAAACUAUAAUAUUUUUGCACUUUAAAGUAGUAAAGGAGUUUUAGAUUCAAAAAAGACUUUAGGUUACUACUUCAAAAUAGAUUUAUAAUGUAAAUUAUUGAUUAUACAAAAUAAACUUGCAUUAUAAAACAUAUAAAUAGAGUAAGGGAAGGUUUUGGUAAAUGUAUUUUAACAGGGGUAAUUGAUAUUGAGAGAAUUAUUUAAUAAAUUUUAUAAGUUAUCUAUGAUUUAGAAACGCUUAUCACAAAAAAUCAAAGGGGAUAUAUAUUUUAUUAUGGCUGAUAAAGAUGAUUUAUAACCUUCUGAUGAUUUAUCUGAUUUUAAUGAGCAGGAAAUAUAUUUAGAAGCAAUUGUUAAAUAAGUAGAUUAUGAUGAGAUGGAAGUUUAUUUGAUGUAAGCAUUGAAAUAAGUAUAAUAAUUGAAAUAAAAAUAAUAAAAUAUUGAAAUUACAUAAGAAUCUAUAAAUCCUGUGUAUAAAAAAUUGAUAUAGAAAGAUUAAAUAAUUAAUAGACUUUAAUAAAUAAUAGAAUAAUAGAAAUAUAAGGAAGAUGAAAAAGACAUUAUUUUGAAGAUGAAAACCAUUUCUUAUACAUAGAGUGAGUAAAUAAAUUGA